AUGUUCAUUGUGGGAAGAACCAUCGCAGGCAUUGGUGCCUCUGGUAUCUCGACGGGCGCCUUGACGAUCAUACCGGCUAUCCUUCCGGGUGAUGCCCAAGCCCAAGUUCUCGGUAUCACUCAAGGUUUUGGCCAGAUCGGACUGGCAAUUGGUCCCAUUCUUGGAGGCGCGUUGACCGAAUACGUAUCCUGGCGAUGGUGCUUCUACAUCAACCUUCCGGCCGGAGCCCUUGUUGGUGUCCUCCUGUUAUCAUUCCGCAUCCCAGAGCCAGAACCGAAGAAGCCGGUACGAGAGGUGCUAGGCACAGCCGUCAAGUCACUUGACCUUCCAGGAUUCGCUUUGGUAAGCCCUGCAGUCAUAAUGCUCUUGUUGGGCUUGCAAUUCGGCGGCAACGAACAUCCAUGGAACAGCCCUGUUGUCAUUGGGCUCAUAAUCGGUGGAGUCGCAAUGUUCGUUUGUUUUCUUUUCUGGGAGCGGCGUCAGGGCGACGAGGCUAUGGUGCCGUUCUCUCUUCUCACCGACAAGGUCAUCUGGUCGGCCGCAGGCAACAUGGCAUUUGUGCUGGCAAGCAUACUUGUCGCUGACUUCUACCUUUCAAUCUAUUUCCAGGCGGUCAAGAACGACUCGCCUCUGAUGAGUGGCGUACAUCUACUGCCAACAACCCUCGGCCUGGUCCUUUUCACCAUCGUCUCGGGUGUGACGAUCGAGAAGCUUGGUUACUAUCUACCCUGGGCAGUGUUAGGAAGCACUAUCUCAGCUAUCGGAUACGGACUCCUGUCACUUCUACACCCGACGACACCAGCUGCCAAGUGGAUUGGCUAUCAGGUGCUCUACGGAGUUGGUAGUGGUUGUACUGUUAUAGCAGCAUAUAUCGCUGUUCAGAACCUCGUUCCUGCGCCACAGAUCCCGAUUGCCAUGGCGAUUGUCAUCUUCUGCCAAGGCAUGGGCGGUGCCGUAUCCCUUGUCAUCGCAAACACCGUAUUCAGUAACAGUCUACGCCGCCUGAUUAGCGCACAGAGUUCAAAGAUUGGAUUUGCUCCAGACGCCAUUGUUAAUGCCGGGGCUAGAGGUCUUCGUCAGCUGAUUCCGGAUGGCGAACGACUUGCCAUUGUGCUACAAGCCUACACCGACAGUAUCGAUAACGUAAUGUACGUUGGCGUUGGUGUAGCAUGUGUUGCGUUUGUAUUCGCUUGGGGUCUUGGUUUCAAGGAUAUUAGAACGCAGAAAGCAAAAAACGAUGUACAGAGAGCGGAAAGCGCAGCGACGACAGAGAAGGAUCUAUAG